AUGCAUUCAAAAAACGAGCUCCGCAAUUGCGUAGCUUUAGCCCUUUCUAGCAUACUAAAGUAUACGCUUGAACCAGAACCAUUUGAGGAAGUAUACGAAGUUGAUAAUACUUAUUCCCUAUACGCUGGAUUUGAACUAGCUAGUAAUCGUAGGGUGAUUGCUAAAUUUUCUACCCAGACAGCUCGCAUAGAAGCAGAAUACCAGUUAUUUUGUGACUUAUCGAAAGAUGAGCGUGGUCGUAAAUUUGUUUCUGUUCCCAUCGAAUUUAUUGAGUUCUCACACAUAGAUUUAUCAGCCCACGUUUGUUUAGAUGCUGGGCAUCGAGAUACAUUGUCUACUUUUUAUGAUUAUUUUCGGAAUAAUCCUAUUAACUAUAUUCGUUACUGUAUUUCCGUCUGCCGAUGCGUCGAAUUCUUACACUCAAAAGAUAUUGUUCAUGGCGAAAUCCGAACCGAUUCCUUUCGCCCUAUAAAUAGUUACAAGGAUGUAAUAAUGUUGAAUAUUGGCAGCGGAGCAAGCUCAUUCCAUAAUUACUUGCAGGCUUACAACUGGCGGCGGUUUUACGAAGAUUCUCAAUCUAUGUCGAGAAUAACUUUUAUAAGUCCUGAGCAGACAGGGCGAACGUCGUACCCGGUGAAUCACAGAACGGAUAUUUACAGUUUAGGAAUAUUGUUCUACAAUUGUUUAGCUGGCGGUUAUCUUCAUCAACCUUCCUUUAUCCAAACAAUUCGCGCCAUUCUUACUGAAGAUUUACCAAGUAUUGUCGAUACUUGUCCAAAAAUCCCCAAAACUAUAUUUAAGAUAAUAGAGAAGAUGACAAAAAAGAAUCCCAACGACAGAUACACUUCUUGCUCGAGUAUCUUGGCUGACCUCGAAAUUUGUUACGAAAAUUUGGUAAACGGAAUUACUGGUGGAGAAGGAAAUUUUCAAAAUACAACUUAUACAUCCCUAUUUAUGCUUCCUUCUUCUACAUAUGGUCGCGAACGUGAAAUUGAAAAAGUAAAAUCUGUUCUGCGUCACACCGAGUCAACUUCCUUACCUAUAGAUUCUCCUUCUUUCCAAAAUCCACAAAAUAGUCACAAUGAUCAUAUUGUUGUUAUAUUAAUUACUGGUUCUGAAGGAGUCGGUAAAGCUACAUUCAUUCAAGAUGUUUGUAGUAGGAAGGAAGGAUACAUUGCCAUUACAAAAUGUGAACCAUCAAAGUCUUUUUUAGAUUCUGCGUUAAUUUCUGGAAUUGCUCAACUAAUUUUACAACUGCUUGCUGAGAAUCAGCAUUUAGUACAUGAUUUUUUUUACAAGUUGAAGAAUUCUUUGAAAGGAGAUUUGAGUCUUUUAAACUCGGUUUUUGACAUAGUUCCCGAAGUAAAGCCGUUUCUUCAAAAGAAUCCUUAUAUUGGCGAAAUAGCUUUUUUGUCAACUUCAUCGAAUGAAUCCAUGAAGUCUUCAUCAUCCACUGGUCGCAGUCUUAGUGGCCAAGAGAUUCAACAUGAUCCUGAUCAGAGAACCCAAUUUGGUCAUCAAAUUUCUUUUUCUAGUGCCUUGAUUACUUUACUUACAAUGAUUUCUUCUAUUAAGCGGUCGACCAUUGUUAUCAAAAACAUUCAUUAUGCUGACGAACUAUCAAUCGACAUUCUGGAAUGUCUGAUUCGUUGUAACGUUCCAGUAAGCUUGGUUUUAACAUGCGAUGAUUCUUGUGUUGAUUUGCUUGGAAAUUUCCUUUCCCUGUCUCAUUAUGUUCAGGAAGUGAGACUUAAACCCCUGGGCUUUGAUGCAGUAAAUGCUUACGUUCAGACAACACUUCACCGUGUUGAUGAAGACUUGUUUCCGUUCACUUCCUAUGUUUAUCAUGUUUGUAAAGGUAAUCCCCUUUUGAUGAGAGAUUUAUUAUUAGAGCUUCACAACAAAAAAAUUAUAUAUUUUGACUGGAAAACCCAUCAAUGGUCAAUAAACUAUGAUGAUAUAAAUUUGUUCAGCCCUGAAAGUUACAAUAUCAAUGUCGAUUCGUACUCAGUCACAAAACUUUCUAGUUUACCUGAACAUUGUCGUUGUUUCUUGGCUUGGGCUAGUAUGAUGGGUUCAUGGUUUUCGUUUGAAACUGUACGAAAGCUUUGCCAGGAAGCCGAAGACUUUGAUUUUGACAACGAGUCCUUGGAUUUAUUGCUUAGAAAAGGAAUCAUAUAUGCCACUUCGACUAGCUCAUAUUCAUUUUCUCGCGGAAGUUACAAGAAAACCAUUAACUCUUUUUACAGUGAAGAAAAAUUACAACGUAUGCAUGCACGCCUAUUUGAAAUGUGUAUUCAUAAUCGAGAUCAGUAUGGUCUAUUCGAUAUUGCUUGUCAUAUCGAUGCAGCUUUUGAAUACAUUAAGACUGAAGAUAACUCAACAUUAAACUUUACUUACCUUUACCUCGCUGCCGAAGAAGCUCUUAAUAUAGGAGCAAAUAAGAAAGCACUUAAUUUAUAUAAUAGGUGCAUUGAAAUACUUCCAUAUAAAUCUUAUAGUAGGGACAAUGAUGAUGAGAGAAAACAGAUGAUUCGAAUUUAUAACGGUUGCGCUCAAGCUAAUUUGGUUAACAAUAAUGCAGGGGCGGCCAUGAAGAUGAUAGUGUUGGCUGAAUCCGAAUCCAGUAAUACAACUGAGGCUUUUAAAUCUAGAAUUUUACGUUGCCGGAUCCUAUUUGAAGAUGCGCGCAUCGAUGAGUCCCUUUCUCUUGUUUUAGAGUACUUAUCUCAACUAGAUUUUACUGUGGAAAAGUAUGAUAUGGAAGAUUCGAAGAGAAUUAUGAAAUCUUUUAUUCCGAAAGUUUUAAAAUAUGUGGAAGAGGAAAGAAACAUUGAUUUUGAAAAUGCAGUUACACUAGACGACCGCCGUAUUGAAAUUUUGUACUUCUUGUUUCAGGGUUUCGCUGCAGCGUCUACAUACUACCGGUGCUCGCCAAUGGUCGUAAACUUUGCAAUUGCUUUUACCAAGGUGUUUUUAGAGUAUGGGUUUACGAAUUACUCUGGUUUUAGUUUACUUUUCUUCUCAGUUACAGCAAUGACCAUUCUUGGACCUUCCGUUGCUUUAAUUAAAAUGUGUAAUCUUGCCAGGAAACUCAACCAAAAAAAUCAAAAUUACACUAUACAGACUUACACCGAAUUUUUUUAUUUAUUUUAUGUUGGGUAUGUAACGGAAUUUUUUCAAGAAAGAGUCGUUUCUAUCCGUACCCUAGAGAAACACUGUGAGCCAUCUAGCAAUUUUCUUAUAAAAUAUCUUUAUGUGUUUUCAAUUUGGGAUAGUUUUCUUCUAUCAUCAAAUUACAGCGACUACGUGAUUGAGUUUGAUAAAACAUAUAAUGAAGUUUUGAAAGAACGAUUUUGUAUUGAAGAAAAUGAGUGCUUUCCUGUUCUGCAAACCCUAUUACGAUGCUUUUUAGGAGAAGCUGAAUUGGGCUCUUGCGACUCUUCACAUUAUGAGGAGCGACCAUUAUCGACCUCUGCUGAAAAGGGUAUUUCAGAUGCUUUUGGACCUUGGUAUUUCUCUUGGUAUUUAUUAAAUAUUUUUCUCACAGAGGAUUGGGAAAGUGCUGUUACUUAUGGGUUAAAUAAACUGCCGCAUUACUAUGAAGGGUGUUUCCUGCCAGCUCCAGGUUGCUUUGGUUAUUUUUUGCUUUGCUUGGCUAUAGUUAACAAGGGAUUAGCUAAUGGUAUGCUUCCUGAAAACGAACACAAGUUUCUUUUGGAAAAGCUAGAACUUUUCCGGUAUUUAAGUGCUGUAUCUAUUGACAGUCAAAUAGCCCUGUACUCUUAUUAUUUACAGGCAAGUUAUGUUUCUUUAGAAGGUGAUUUAAAAGAAGCAUCAAUACUAUUCGAGAAAGUUAUAUCUCUAGCUAUAAAAUCGAAUGUUUAUUUAGUUGAAGCUUUUGCUCUUGAGAGCGUGGGCAAAUUAUUUUACAAGAUGCAGCUAACUACUUCUGGCAUUCAUUACAUUGAACAGUCUGUGAACGCUUAUAAAUCUUUAGGAUUGAAAAGAAAGUAUUCUAUGUUAGGCAAUCGAAACAUAAAUAGUUUGCCUCCGAAUUUGCUAAGGUUAACUGUUGAUGAGACUUUUCAAACAGAUAUCGCAAACGAAGAAAAACCUUCUUGUUCCGAUAGUAGUGAUGAAGCAGAAAGUGCUAAUUUAGCCGAGUCCAAUUAUCAAAUAUCAUUUCCCAAUGAAGACUAUGAGGACCGAACAUCUACGAUAACAAACGUUGGAGCUGUCUCUUUAGAAGAGCUUCUCAUAUCGCUAGACAUAAUCGAUCUAACCUCAGUAAUGAAGUCUUGUCAAAUUAUCGCUAGUGAAACUGAAUUAGACGGUUUACUUUCGACAAUGACACAUCGGAUGCUUGAAGACUCUUCAGCAGAUGCGGCUUCUAUUGUCAUAAGAGAUGAUAACCAUUUCACAGUUGCAGCAUAUCGUACAGAGAACGUUAAUGAAGGCUUUACUCCCCCCAUUCCUGUAUCUGAGAAACAGAAGUUUGUUCCUUCGAAAGUAAUAAAUUAUGUUGCCCACACUCAGAAAGCUUUGCUCUCCCACAACAUCCACAAAGACUUUGAUUUACAAUAUGAAGAAUGGAACGAACUAAGCGCCGAAGGAAAAAGUGUAAUUGUAAUUCCACUUUUUCAAAAGAAGACAGUAUUUGCUAUUUUAUACCUACAAGGGCCACCUUUUUCUUUUCACCAUCGACAUGUUUCGGUGCUUUCUAUCUUAGGAUCUCAAGUCAGUUUCGCAAUUGUCAAUAUUUCUUUAUUUCGUAAAGUUAAAGAGGCAACGGAUGCUAAUAUGGAAAUUAUUAAGUCACAACGCGAAGCGCUCAGUUUGGUUCGGAAAUCAGAAGCGAAAUACAGAAGCUUUGUGGAUACUAUGCCUUGUUUACUUUCCAAACUUACCUAUGAGGAUGGACUGAAGGUUGAUAUAUUUGGCUCCUUUUGGAAGGAAUAUUGCGGUGACAUAGUUUCAAAGAAGUCAAAUGUAUACCAAGACCUUGUACAUCCAGAUGAUUAUAGCAUGUUGGAGCAAUAUAUCCUUUUGCAAAGCGAUGUCAAUGCUCCGUUUGAAAAAGAAAUCCGUAUAAAAAGAAAAGAUGGAAUUUACAGAUGUAAUCUGAGCCGCUGCACCCCUGUUUUGACUGAGUCGAAGCCGAUAUAUAUUUGUGCCACUAUUGAUAUCGGGGAUCAGAAAGAAGCAAGAGCCACUGCUUUAGAGGUAACGCGAUUAAGAUCCAACUUCUUGGCAAACAUAUCACAUGAACUACGAACACCUUUUUCUGGCUUUUACGGAAUGCUCUCGUUGUUAGACGAGGCUAAUCUAGAUUGUGAACAAAGAGACAUUGUUAACGCUGCUCGACUUAGCUGCGAAAUGUUACUACAAGUCAUUAAUGACUUACUGAACUUUACCAAAUUGGAAGCCGGCAAAGUAACUUUAGAAUCAGAUUUAGAAUUUUCCUUGGAAGGAGUCAUUGUAGACUGUAUUGCAUCCGUUUAUUCCGUUGCUGGGAGCAAAAAUGUAACAGUUUCUUACGAACUGUCGGAUGACAUUCCUUAUUUUAUUGCUGGUGAUGCUUCAAAGAUUGGUCAAAUGCUUAAGAGUAUACUUGAUAAUUCUGUGAAAAUGGUUGAGAGUGGCUUUAUACGUGUAAAAGCCUAUAUAUCUGAAAAUGGGGAAAAUGACGAAUUAAGGCUUACUUUUAUUGUUGAAGAUAGUAGACCACAACCGAAUGCGAUGUUCCAAGCUAAUCUGAUUAACUCUCUGAACAAAUACUGUAAUGACUAUUUGCCUAUAGAUUUAAGUGGAUCGGCUCUUGGCAUGUCGACGUGUUUGCAAUUAUGUAAAAUCAUGGGAGGUUCUGUUUUUGUGACAGUUUCAGAAACUCCUCCUACUUUUAGAAUUUUUUAUGAUUUGAUGGUCCGUAAAUUACGGGAAGAACGAUACAGAAAAAUUACCGCAGAAUUAGUUGAAGCGAAUGUUUUGUUUAAUGCGUAUAUUCGCAGCAGGCAUAUAAUACGUGCUACGAAUGAACCCCUUGAUUCUGAUUAUAUUUCUAGGCUUUUGGCUAAGGCGGAAAGUCUGGUUCGUAUUGACGGUUGUCCUGAUACUCUCGCAAGUUUCCUUAAUUAUUAUCGAAAGCAUUUGAACAUCUCUCGCUGUCUCUUGAUAUUAGAUAUAGACUCUGCUGAACACAUGGAGAAGGCAGCUGCUGAACUUCAGUCUUUUCCUGAUUUGAAUGUUAUAUUCAUUUCUUGUAUCCCUCAGCUGAACAAAGCAUAUGAUCGAAAGUCAAUAUUGCAUGACUUUUCUGAACAUAUCGAUAAAAAGAGAACUGUGAUUAUGAAGCCGUAUACCAAGGAGCAGUUCAUAGAUGCAACUUUGAGCAUUGUUCGUCUAGGACAGGAUAAGCUGUAUGAAACCUCUCCCUGUUUACCCUCUGGCCAUGAACGAAGAGAACUUAAUAUACAAAAUUGGCAGUAUAAAAGAAUACGGAUUUUGGUUGCCGAAGACAACAGUGUUGUACGCCUAACCCUGUGUAAACAAUUAGAGCAUUUGGGCUUAAACAUUGAGAGUGCCAAAGAUGGGAAGGAAGCAAUUGAUUUAAUUACUUCUCAUCCUUGUGGAUAUUAUAGCCUUGCGUUUAUUGAUUACCACAUGCCUUACUAUGAUGGUAUAGGUGUGAGUAAGAAAAUGCGAGAGUUUGAGCAACAAAAUGAGUUUGGAUAUUCGGUGCCAAUUAUACUAUUAACAGCUGAUAUUCAGCCUUCUAUUGAAGAAGAAAAAGAGGACGUGGGUAUCACGAAAUACAUAACGAAGCCCAUCCGAAAAGACGAAUUGAUAGAAAUUUUAAAUGCUUAUUUGGCAUAA